GAACUUCAUGCAUAGUGCCCCAUGCGGCCCUCCUUGCGGUGCUUGGUGGCAGUGCUGCUGCUGAGUUGCACGUCGCGACGAAGGCACCAGCCGAGAGCUCUUGCAUCCUGGACUCCCCGGAGAGGUGGAUCAGUCUUGCAACCCUUCCGGUCUUCCCAUCGCGGUUGCGUGCCGGCGCUGCGGGUGAAGGUGAACUAUGACCUGGACGCAGAGGCCUCGAAGGCAGCCAUCGGCGCGGGACGCGCGCAGAGCUGGGAGUGGACAGGAAGCAGUUUGGAUGAUGCGGCCUUUGACCAGGAGCGGCUGUUGGAGUACAUACAAGCACGUCCUUGGGAGAUCAUGAAACGCUUAGUCACCACUCUUUGGAUAGCUGGAGGCAUCUGGUUGGCAUGGCGAGAUCGCAAGGAGGACGACGCGCCGGCCCCGACGCUGACCACAUCGCUGGUGCGCCAGACGCCUGUGACGGCACGCGGCGAGGCGCUGCGCCGCGGCCUGCAGAAGAUGGGCGUCUUCUUCGUGAAGAUCGGGCAGACGGCGGCGCAACGGCCCGACAUCGUUGGGGAUGAGGUGGCAGAAGAGCUCAAGGGCCUUCAAGAGCAGAGCACACCCUUCAGUGACGAGCUAGCGCUGCAAAUUCUGGCCGAAGACCUGGGACAUGAUGGGCCCUUGGCUCCUGGGGUGGUGCCAUCCAACUGCCAUGCAGAUGGGCCCACUUUGCUUAAAGAGUUGAAUCCCAAAUUCGUGGCCUCCGCCUCGCUGGGCCAGGUGUACCGCGGGCGCAUGCACGACGGCAGGGAGGUGGCCUUAAAGAUCCAACGGCCCGGCGUGCGCGACGUGCUGGGCUUGGACUGGGCCGUGGCGACCCUGGUGUCCCGCGGCUAUCAGAAGCUGCUGGGGUCACCCAAUGAUUAUGGCCAAGUGGUAGACACGGUUGCCAAGGGCGUUAGAAUGGAGUUGGACUACUUCAAUGAAGCGGCCAACGCCGAGGAGUUCGCCCUGCGGCACGCGUUUUUACCCUUCGUGACAUCACCGGGCUGGAUCCCGGAGCUCAUGGGCCCAAAGGAGUCCUCCAGAGUGUUGGCAUUGAAUUGGUAUCCGAGCCGCGCUCCAAAGGAGUUGGCUAUCGAGGAACGACGUUUGUUGGUAGAGAUGGCAGUUGAGGCGUGCGUGGUGCAACUGCUGGUGACCGGCUUUGUGCAUGCAGAUCCACAUGAGGGGAACCUCAGGUUGGGUGAUGAUGGUCGCGUGGUAUUCUUAGACUUCGGCCUCAUGGAUCGAGUGGAUUUCGGCAUCAUGGAGAGCUGUGCGGCAGGGGUGCGGCAGGUACUGAACAAAGAUUGGCUGGAUUUGACGCAUACCUUUCAGGCAGUUCGUUUUACCCCGCAGCCCAUGAUGAAGAAUGUGGAUUUCGGUAUCAAGAAGAGGCCGAGGUAUGAGCCCUGCGGCAAUGAGGAGUUUGCAGUGGCUUUCCAGAAGCAGCUGGAAAGCGAAGCGGAUGGUCAGUCGCGUUUCGGUGCCAUGGCGGUGGCACUCAAGAAGUUGUCCGACCGAUAUUUGAUGCUCACCCCACCCUUCAUCGCACUGUUGUGCCGCACCUUCAUUACACUGGAGGGUCUACUGGCAGAGGAUCCCAAGAUGGCUGAGGAGUACAAUGUCUACCAGACAUCCCUGCCCUUCGCCAUUUGUCGCUUGCUGUCCCCGCGCACACGGAAAGGUGCCGUAGAUUUGAGGACCAGCUUCUUGAAAGAAGAAUCUUCUGAAGUCAACUGGAGCAGUCUCAGCGCGCUUGUCACGGCGGGCUCGGGCAACUCUGCAAGCUCUUCGUCAGGUGCAACCCAGGAGGAAAUUGGACACUUCGACCUCGGCACAGCGGCUGCCGUUCAACGCCGUCUGCUGUUGACCGCAGAGGGUAUCGCACUUCGAAGGCUGUGCUUUGAAGUUGAUGCUUUUCAGGCCUGUCGAGGAUUCCUGACAUGUAAAGACGCCGCCCCGCUGCGGGAGGCGGCCAUGAGUUCGCUGGCAGAAGCCUGGGCGACGCGGCGCCGGCGCCAGGGAGGCCUCGGAGCCCGGGGGUCGCCUGACAGCUUCGGGCCAAGGGCUGCUGCAGCUGCCAGGGGCUGGGGCAUGUGGCGGCCGACUGAGCCUGUGAGUUUGCCUCCAUCAAUGCAAGACCACGCCCGAAGGGCCUGGCGCAUUGUGGCCAGGUGGGUCUGGUGGUACUAG